GCUCGUCCUGCUAUGGUCAACCUGGACUGACCACUUCCUCCAGAGCAUCUCCUCAGACUGAGUCCGCCCCCAGGAAGUGAUGUCACGCCACCAUCACCGCUUUGAAAGGGACUAUCGGGGUCCGUGGGAGCGCAGGGACAUUCGACCCUCCGGCCUGCACAACGGGGGGGCCAAUCACAGCUGUGCCUCUGCCGUCGUCAAUGGCAACAACCGCCCGGGACUGCUGCCGCUCCCCGUCAUCCCCUCCCUCCUGCCCACCCCCGUCACAGUUGCCGUGACAACAUCGAGCGGCGACAUCGUGGUCAAGCGAGGCAUCCCGGCGGCGGGAUCAGUGGCGCCGGUAUCGGCCAAGGUCUCAGGACUGUCUCCGGGGGACAGUCAGGCUCCAGGGCUGCUCCUGGCUCCAGGGGUGAGGUGGGGACAGACGCCCAUAAACCAGCUCACCCCCUGGGACACUGACGAGCCGCCCCCCAAGCAGCACCGGGACAGUGAGCCCACAGGUCCAACAUGGGCAGCGCCGGUUGCCGCCGUGAGCCAGCCGAGCCUCCUCCCCCACACCUACACGCUACCGCAACCGCCCUCCUUCAACCACAGCGUCACGGCGCAGUCACCCAUCAUCGGCGUCACCCCGUCCAUCCAGGCACCCAUGCACCCGCAGCACCCGCUUAUGACCGCCCACUUCCAGUCGACGCAGCAGCCCCCCUCGAUGGUCCUCAACCUGCCGACGCAACCGCCCUACCAGCCUCCCGCCGUUACGCCGUCCCCGCUGCACGCCAACCACGUGGUCCAUCCCAACCAUCACCUCGGCAACGGGCACCUCGGCAACGGGCACCUAGCGCACCCGCACCCAGGCCACGCCCCUCUGCUCCACCCGCCCUCAGCCUUGCCGCUAACCAACGGACAGGCGCAGUUGGCGGAGACUCAGGAUGGCGCGAACGGUUUGCAAAUGCUUCGUACGGUUGGGAUGGGGAAGUAUGAAUUCAGCGAUCCAGGACAUCCCAAAGAGAUGUUGAAGGAGCUGAACCAGCAACGCAGAGCGAAAGAAUUUACAGACCUGAAAAUAAUUGUUGAAGGCAAAGAGUUUGAAGUCCACCAAAAUGUUCUAGCUUCCUGCAGCUUGUAUUUCAAGGACCUGGUGAAAAGGUCGUCAGGGGAGACGCGGAGAGGGGACACGCUGGAGCUGAACAUGAGUAACAUCACGGCGGAGGUGUUGGAGCAGUUGUUGGAGUUCGUGUACACCGGGUCCCUCGUCAUCGAUUCUGCCAACGCCAAAACUCUACUGGAGGCCGCCAACAAGUUUCAGUUCAACACCUUCUGCAAAGUCUGCGUCUCGUUUCUAGAGAAGCAGCUGACGGCGGCUAACUGCCUGGGCGUGCUGGCCAUGGCUGAGGCUAUGAGCUGUACGGAGCUGCACAACAUGGCCAAAGCCUACGCUCUGCAGAACUUUCCAGAGGUGGCGGGGCAGGAGGAGAUCCUGAGCGUGUCCAAAGACGACUUGGUGUCUUAUUUGUCCAACGACAGUCUGAACACAAAGGCCGAGGAGCUGGUCUACGAGACGGUCAUCAAGUGGAUCAAACAGGACUCGGCCAGCAGGGUACAGCAUUUGUCGGAGCUUUUGGCAGGGGUGCGCCUCCCGUUCAUCCAUCCCUCGUACCUGCUCAACGUGGUGGACAACGAGGAGCUCAUCAAAUCGUCUGAAGCCUGCAGAGACCUGGUGAACGAAGCCAAACGCUACCACAUGCUCCCCCACGCCCGGCAGGAGAUGCAGACGCCGCGGACCAAACCCAGACUGUCUGCAGGUGUAGCGGAGGUGAUUGUUCUGGUGGGGGGCAGGCAGACCAUCGGGAUGAACCAGCGCUCUCUGACUGCCGUGACCUGCUUUAACCCCCAGAACAGUAAGUGGUACCCCCUGGCCAGCCUGCCCUUCUACGACCGCGAGUUCUUUAGCGUCAUCUCUGCGGGAGACAACAUUUACCUGUCAGGACCCCAGUGCAUCAUGGGAGACAAUAAGGAGAGCGUGGUAUUCGCCGGAGUCAGCCCCACAGACAGAACAGAGAUCACUGCGUCUAAAAGCGGCUGUUCUGAUCCGAGCACGCGGUCGAGCUCGUCUGCUGACAAGAGCGAGACGAGCGGAGACGACCUUCCUUUCUCCUCUUUCUCCUCAGUGGGUAGUGGAGGAAUCAAGGAGUCAAGGAGGCAAGUGAACAGAAGUGGGCUCAAAAGAUACGACACGAUCACAAACCAGUGGGAGACGGUAUCCCCUCUGCCUAAGCCCGUGCACUCGGCCGCCGCCACAGUCUGCGGAGGGAAGAUCUUCGUGUUUGGAGGAGUGAACGAGGCCGGCCGCUCUGCUGGAGUCCUACAGUCCUACGUGCCUCAGAGCAACACAUGGAGCUUCAUCGAGUCGCCCAUGAUCGAUAACAAAUACGCCCCCGCUGUGAGUUUGAACGGCUUCAUUUUCAUCCUGGGCGGAGCCUACGCCCGAGCCACCACCAUCUACGACCCCGACAAAGGCAACAUCAAGGCGGGGCCCAACAUGAACCACUCCCGGCAGUUCUGCAGCGCUGCGAUCCUCGACGGCAAAAUCUACGCCACCGGGGGCAUCGUGAGCAGCGAGGGUCCCGCUUUGGGCAACAUGGAGACCUUUGACCCCUGCACCAACCAAUGGACGCUGGUUCAGUCCCUGCCCUGCCCCCUCUUCAGGCACGGCUGUGUGGUCAUCAAGAAAUACAUCCAGAGCGGCUGACAAUGACUGCAACGGCAACCUUCAAAAACGAACCUAAACUAUAAUAAAAAACUAACCAGGAACCACCAGCCAGCCCCAGACCACAGGGACGGGACGACAGCGCUUCCGGAGGACUCUUCUUACCCCCCUUCCCCUCCCUACUGUCCCAUUUGGGGAUAGGCCCGCGGAAUGUAAACUCAGCCAUGUCAGGGGAGGACUGUGAGGUCAUGUUUCGUGUCAUCCAAAGUACUGAAAGUUCUUACUAAAGCGUUUUGUUGUUUUGUUUCAUUGUUAGCGCAUAGUUCUGUUUGGUAAAUGUUGGUGUAACGUGUGAAACUAGACAUGGGACAACAGCGGGAUUAAAGGGAUUUGGGUUUGAAACGGGGGAAAAAGACACGGAAAAAUGCAAGGAAUCGACUUUUUGUGGUUGUAAAGUUCACUGUUGUAUACCGGAUUGAUGUUUUAAAUGUUCAUUAUGUAACUUUUCUGGCUGGGGAGUCUGUUACAUGCUUAUCUCCAUGGAAACAGUCAUAUUGGUGUUAAAUAUAUGCAACAUUGGUAAGUUUAACUGCAGUAGUUGAAAAUCCUUUGUUUUUUCACGGUGAGCGGGUCGGCUAAAGUGCUAGUAGUUGUGUGACCUGCUUGUUUCCAUGGAGAUAGAGCAGUUUAAUGCCACACUGACAAACAUUUCUGGCAAAGUAAUGACAUCUGAGACAAUUAUAGCAAACCCUACACUGGAAAAGUUGUAUGUAACUGUGAACUUUCCAACCAUCAAAAACUCUAUUUGUAUAAGCCAUAAGUCACAUUUACAAAUCUAAGGGUUUAAAAGAGUUUGAGUUUUGAAUCGUUUUAAUUAAAUCGUGUUUGGAAUCUCAGCCAUAGACUUUUCUUAGGAAACGGCAGCGGUGGAAGAUUUAUACUAUUUUCUGAAGUUAAAAAAAUGCACAAUAAUGAAGAAAAAAUGCAGUUGUCAGUGUGACUGUAACGAAGAUGUGAAAUUAUAUUCCACAUAUAAGUCGCAACCCCGACUAUGAAGCUAUAAAAGACAAAAAAGUGAGACUUAUAGCCCGGAAAAUACGGUACUGUUUUGUUACUUAAGUAAAAUUACACAUACUGGAGCUAAAAAAAAAGUACAAGAAUUAAAGUACGGGUUUAAAAAUGUACUUAAAGAGUAAAAGUAUUUUGCGCAGGUUUUGAGGUCAAAUAAAGCUACAAAUGUAGUGAUUUUGAUAAAGAUCUGAGCGGAAUUUUGUUCAACAGAAACAACUGAAGCAAUAGUUGUUUUUAUUUGUAUAUUUUUAUUUGCUCAAACUACGAGGGUGUUAAAAAUAAAUCCUCAGACUAUAAUAAAAGUACUUUUACUUUUCAGGUCUGUUCAAAAAUGCAGUGGAGUAGAAAGUACAAAUACUGCUCUCAAAUGUAAUGAAGUAAAAGUAAAAAAGUAUCCAGUGUAAAAUGGACUUAAGUGAAGUACUUUUACUUUUACUGUUACGUUCCACCACAGGGAAAUGGAAAGUAAACAUGUUGACACGUUUUUCCAGUUUAUUGCAAAACCUACAAUAGUUUUGAUUUGAAUCGUGUUUGGUAAUGGGACUUGACGAGGUAUUUUAGAUUUCAUUUUGUCACUUUUCAAACUAUCUGCCAAUGAAAAAAAAAAAAUCGAAAGUGUACCUAAAAAUGAGAAAAUAGACACUUCUAAAGCCAAUAUUUGCGUUAUGUUAGUGUAAUAUAAACCUUUAUGCAGCUAAAAUAUAAAUUCUUUGCGAUUCAUUUCAAAUAAACCACUCCAGUUUCCAAAUACGACAAGAAUUUGCCUUAGAAAAAUCCUGUGUAUUGUCCCAUGCCUAGUGCUUUCCCUCUUCUUUAGCGUCCCCUACAGGAGAGGCAGAUUAAACAUGUGAAAAAUCGUCUGUUUUCCUCAUCCAGUUUUACAAGUGGGAAUUCCUCUAUGUUGUAUUUUCCAACCGGAUUUGAACUCCCGAUAACCUUUUUCUCUUGUACAACUUUCUGGAACGAAAUCAGGUCAGGCUUUACAAUGUUGAAAUCCGUCCCAUUUUUUGUUGCCUGAGUGAAAUUUCAGCUGUAUUUUAUGAUUUUUGGUUCAUAGCAUUCUCCUCGGGGAAUUUUUGGGAAGAUUUUUGGAAGCGAACGCCCGGAAAAAGCACAAUAAUCAUUUGUGACAAGUAUUUCCAAUUUUUUUUUUUGGUUUGGUUCUAUAUGUCGGCUUCACCUUUGUCUUGUUUUUUAGUCUCUCAACCCACGAUGUUUCUGGGUUGGUACUGUGUAAAUACUGGAAGGAAAUAUGUAUAUUUUAAAACCUGGAGAUUGCGAUUGUGUAAAAAUGUUUUUAGAAAAAUCAAAGUGAAUAAGUUGGGUUAAAGGGUUGUCUGUAAAUCUGUACUCAAAGGAAUUAACAAUUGUUAUUACUGAAGCCUAAUACAUAUACCUGAACAUGA